AUGCUUCCGCCCGUUGCGUCGCCCUCCGCUCGCGCGCUCAACGGGGAGCGUUUGCGCUGCGCCAAUAGCUGCGGUCUGUCGUUACUCGCAGCCGCACGACCUGCUUCGCUCGUGCCUGCGCGCGCCGCCCUUGUUUCUGCUGUGGUUCGCGCUUCCGCUCGCGUACGCGCAACGGCCGGACAGGGCAGCGGACCCAAGGGGCGUUCGGAAGGGCGGAAAUUGUCGCAGGCGGCGGGGCGCUGGGCGGAAGGCUUCGAGGCGGAGGAGCGUCGCGGGGAGGGGGAGCGGUGGGGGGCGGAAACACAGUCGCAGCGACAGGGGGAGUGGCGCAUAGCUCAGGGAAGAAAGGCGGGAAGUAAGGGUUCGCGGCAGCGUGUUGCUGGGUACGCCGAUGACGUGGCAUCCGAGGAUAGGCUGCGGCAGGAGGCAGGCGGCGCCGUUGAUUGGCUGACGCGACCUUCCAAUGGCGACGCGGGAGCGCAGUCGGUGCGCAACGGGGAGUGGGACACGGGGAGGGGGCGGGAGAACGGGGCUGCGGAUUGGGGGAGCGGAUGGGAUGGGGACGGCGAGGAGCAGGGCGUGCGGGGUCAACGCGGAGGCUGGGGGGAGGGGAGGGGCGGAGCAGAAGGGGGGAGGGCGGGGGGCGUGGAGGGGUGGAUGGGGGACGGCAAUGUAGAGCGCCCUUCCCCUUCCCCCACCUCCUCCUCGCGCCCUCUCCCCUCGGUGCUCCCCCUGCCGCCCUCUUCACUGGACUCGCUCGUCCCUUGUGCUGGCUCUGGCUCCCAGGUUGUGGCCUGCAUGGGCUCCCCGCUAGACUGGCUGCAGCGCUUCGUGCUCUCCAUGGGCGGCGCAGUGCUGCUGUACAACGUGAACGUGUUCGCCACCAUCGCUGCCGCCAUGUACUUCCUCUGGUGGCCUCUCUGGCAUGCUGCUGCCUGCAACUCUGCCCUCCGGGUCCGAUAUAAGUAUGCAGGCGUGUGGCAGGCGCAGCUCCUGGACGUGCAGGUGGAGCAGAGGGGCCCGCUGGCCAGGUGGCGGUUGCUGAUUGGUGAUGACAGCGGCACAUGCAUAGAGAUGCUGGUGCCCAUCCCCUCCGUACCUCCCCCGCUGCGCCCUAACGACCGAGUGGUGCUGCUGGUGCUCUCCGACAGCCCGUCGCUGCAGCGCUUCCGUGCCGUCAGGGAGGCGUGGCUGCCGCGCCUCAAGUGCUGGCUGGCGGAGGAAGGGGAGGAGCGCGUGGAGCGGCGCAAGCUGGAGGGCUUUUGA